AUGAAGCUUGUUUCCUUCCCCAACAGUUUGCAUUACAUUAUAUUGGGAUACCAUCACAUUGAUCUGGACGGAAAUGAAUUCCAGAUCUUCUUUACAGAUCUGGAGAAGGCGUAUAAUGGCAACUUGGACACAUCAGGAGCAGGACUACUGCAAUAUCCCAAAUUUGCACUAAUGGAGAAACGAGAGUACGACGCCGGACGGCUUUCGACACAGAUUACUUGGUGGCGCACUUGGUUCGCUAAUCUACCCCCUCCUCUACCACUCCUAUCUUUGUGUCGCAAGAGUCACAGACCGGCAGCCUUAUCCUUCAGCUCCCAUGAUAUUACGUUGCGGUUAGAACCUAACUUGAAUAAUCAGGUCAGUCAAUGCUGCCAACGCCUGGAGAUUUCCAGCUUCUACACCUAUUUGACGGUCUUCAAGAUAUUCUUGUUCCGUCACAAAGGCGAUGAAGAGGAAGAGAUGUGUAUUGGCAUUGCUGAUGGGAAUCGGAAGCACCUUGAUGUUCUUGGAACCAUCGGUCUCUUCCUCAACUUACUUCCCUUAAGAUUCGAUUUCGACCCUUAUCGAACAUUCUGUUAUUGGCUGAGCUCGGUGCGGUCUUCAUCCCAUACUCCUCUAUUCCAGGCAUUCUUUGAUUUUCGCCAAGGGAUCUCAGAAUCUCGUCAAUUUUUUGGUUGUGAUGCCAGCGGAGAGACCACAUCAGCUGGCAAGAACGCGUACGAUAUUAGCCUGGAUGUUGUCGACAGCAAGGGAAGAGAGGACCUUCUCACGUUACGACUGAAUACUGGAAUUUAUACUGCCGACGAUGCCAAAGUUCUAGCGAUGAGCUACAAAAACUUGCUAGAAUCAUUCUCACGGAAUCCUGCGACCCGGGUAACGUGGCCCCCUCUUUAUGUCCAGGACUGUGACGAGGCUUGGAGCGGUCUCGGCCAAGGUCCGGUAAUGAAGUCUGAGUGGGCAGGCACGCUGGUGCACAGAAUUCAAGCCAUGGCCCAUCGAUAUGGCUCAAAAGUCGCAUUCCAGGGGUUGAAUCAGAACCAGUUGACGUACGAUCAGAUGAUGGGGCGAGUCAAGCAAAUUUCCUGUUGUCUUUCAAAUCAAGGUGUUGGAAAUGAGUCGACUUGCGCGAUUCUGCAGUCACCUGGUCCAGACUGGGUGUGCUCAUGCCUCGCCGUAUUUUGCCAUGGAGCAAUUGCGGUUCCACUUGAACCCCAGGUUUUCUCAGAUCGACUGCUCACUAUUUCGAAGAAUUGUCAUUUAGGGUUCAUCAUGGUGGAUAAUUCAGUAAAACUGGAACCCCGGAUAUUCCAGGAUACUCCAGUCCAGUUGAUCAAUGUGUCACGGGCUCCAAGGUCAGCGAGUGUGCUCACAUUCACUAAUCGAUCAAAGAGCUCGAAGAUUCCUGUCAUUGCUUAUACGAGUGGCUCUACUGGCAUUCCCAAAGGUGUUACCAUCACGCAUGAUAUCUACCGGAAUUUCAUUGAGUUUGCGCCGUGUCGAUGGGGCAUCAAAGAAGGAGAGGAGACUAUUCUACAGCAGUCAGCCUGCUCGUUUGAUAUGUCUCUCGCUCAGAUGUUCACCAGUCUUGCCUACGGAGGCACACUGGUCAUCCCAGAGAGUUAUCAGAGUGUUGAUCCGGAGGCUAUAUGUCAAACUAUAGUAUCUGCGGGUGUCACUGUUACAUUUGCUACACCUACUGAGUACUUGACCUGGAUUCAGGUUGGCGCCGCGAACCUGCGGAGGUCACAAUGGCAAACUGCUAUUACUGGUGGCGAGCCCCUGACUGCGUCUCUGCUGCAAGCUUUCAGGUCUCUGAGUAUGCUCAACCUAAGCCUUACCAAUGCCUAUGGUCCAGCUGAAGUCACAUUUUCUUGUGCUGAUAGCAUAAUAUCCUAUACCCAAAGCUGUGCCCCGGAGAUUCCAUUGAAGGCUCUACAUCACGUAUCAUGUCGCCUUACAUACACCCAGCUGUCGUAUCGCCAAGAAAAUCUGUCACAGCUGCGGGAUUUGAAUACCUAG